AUGCUAGAUCAGAUCAUCGGCAAAAGUUUUCAGAUUACCAACAAAAUAGAAUCAAAAGAUGUAUUUGUGGGGAUAAGCACCAUUCUGGUGUCUCAUUUGAAAGAGUAUCAGAAAGCUGUUAAAAAACAUGAGAAAACACCAUUAAAUCCAGUUGAAUCUUUGUAUAAGAAAUCACAUCCGAUACAUGAUGUAGCGGUCAACAGAAAAAUACAAUCUGCAGACUAUUGUACCAGUAUUUUAAGAAUAGUGUUCAAAGAACUUGUACCGUGGGAGCUUUGGGACACUCCGCAUUCAGAACUACUUGUCCGUAUUCUUUCAAAGAAAUUAGAUAACUUCAUUGACAACACUCUUGCUGAACCUACAUGGUUAAAUGAUAAAUUAUUAAAUAUAUUAAAAGGUACGAGUAAAUGUGAUUCAAAAAUUAUGGAAGAAAAAGUUAUAAAUACUCCAAGUUCGGAAGAAACAAUAUCACAUAGCAAACAAAUACCAACUCCUGUAGAGUCUGUAUUGUCUUCCACAAUGAAAGAAACGUCUCCAAUACCACAGAAAGGGAAUGAUGGAGAUUUACGUGAACAACCAGUUGUUAACACAAUACAAAAUUUAGUUGAAGAAGUACCUGUUAUGAGUACUGAACCGCUGGACAUCAAGAGUUCGCCUGUUCUGAGGCAAAAGAGAGGCAGGCAGGGACGGAAUGAGGUCAAGAUUUAUGACAGGAUUAUUGAAGGUAGUGUAAAGACAUGGGAGACAGACAUAGACCUGCAGUGCAUCAGCCUGGGCCAGGAUCUUCUGGCCAGUCUGGACGGAGAGAUCACACUCAGUAGACUGUGGGGACAAGAUGCUGAUACUGAAGGGAGUCCUAAUCCACCACGCAACAAAUCACCACAACCACUAUGGUUUGGUGAAGAGGAAACAAUAGAAGUGGACCCCAUCGACACAAGUCCUCUCAAGGAGUCCAAAAAAGAACACAGCCCAAAGCCGACAGAGUUGCUGAAGGAUCUGCAAAGCACCGUGAGCCAGGCCAAAACGAAGAUUGGUGACCUACAGGUGGAGGCCAAAGUUUUAGAUGUGCCCCGCAAGCAAAUCUCCAGUGACGAAGCGGCCGGUAUGAUGGAAGGUCUUCUGGACUUCGGCAUAGCUGGAUUGAAGAAGGGUCUUAGGUUUACAGGACUCAGUGACGAUUCGCAGGAAAAGUCCCCAUCCCACCAGAAGUCUGACAAGACUCCGCCACCAGAAAUAUCCCGCGGGAAACCAAUACUGGAAUACAAAGAUGUUCACGCUACUAAUGUUCCGAGGGAGGACAACUCCUCGGUGCACCCUCUGCUGAAGCAACAGCGAGUCAUCUCUCAGGACAGCGUGCCAUCCCAGCCCAAGCCAAUCGCGAAGUCGGAGCCGGUGCUGGUCCCUCUGGCGGACUCCCCGGAACCGGAGUACGAGGAGGCGGCUGAUCUGUCCACCAGCAUCGCCAAACUGCGGUGUCUGCUGCAGGAGAGGGCGGACAACAGCCCCAGAGCUGAAGACGUUUGGUGGGAGAAUGCGGAGGAGACGAGAGGCAGGACUCAGCACCAUCACUCCUCGCGUCCCGUGGACACCGCCACACUAGCCGAUGAAUAUGAUAUGACUAUGGAAAGAAACUCAUCUCCCGGCCAGACCACCAUUAAUAUGCAGCGACUUGACAAACUGUUCCAACGCACAGUGACGGGGGUGUUCAACUCGAUCAAGACGGCGGUUGGUGCUGAAGGGGGGGAGGGCGAAGAGCCUCCGAGGACCUUGCACGACUGGACCUAUGUCUGCACCAGCAUCGAGCUCAGUGUGGGGGGCGCGGUGUCGCGGCUGGUGGGCGCGCGCCGCGCCUGCGCGCACGUCGAGGCGGCGCAAGACUCGCUCCACCACCUGCGCGCGCGCACCGCCCGCCGGGGCCCCACACCCGCGCCGGAAGACUUCGAAGCCAUGUUCUGCAGAUGGAAGUCUCCAGCGUACAUAUGUAUUGACGAGGUAGUCUCUGUGUCAGAGGAGUGGUGCGCGGGGUGCGGGGCGAGCUGGUGCGGCGCGUGCGCAGUGGCGGCCGGCGCGGGGCUCGUGACGUCACACGUGGCGCUCCGCCUCGCCACGCUGCUGCUCGCGGAUCUCGGUGAAUCCUUGCUGCAAUCCUGGCUAGCCGACCUGGCCGCGUGGCUGCGUAGCCAGGUCUUCGUUAUAUUCGAGCAGUUGUCGGAGCGAGACGACACCAGUUUCACCGGCACAGGAGUCGACACGCCUUUAAAUGUGGACGAGACUUGUCGAGUCUUGUUGGAAAACACACCAGCUCUCCUAAACGUGUUUGGCGAAGAAACAGUAUCAUCGGCGGCUAAACUGCUGGUAACCAGCUUCACUCACAAGGAAAUCAACAAAGACAUAAUCUUUAGAGUCCUCGACCUCUUUGCUGGACACUUCAAUAUGGCUGCCGAACUAAAAAACCCAACUUUUGAUAGUACCUAA